GCCUCGCUUUCUGGAAAAGGAUGCGGUUGCCCUGGGAGAUGAGGCCUGUGCUGGCUCGGAGACGCUGAGGCCUGGGAAUGUCUGCGGGAGUGGCUGAGUGGAGUCGGAGCCAGUGCCGGUGCUCGGGGCUCAGGCGGGACCAGCAACUGGCAGCCGAGGCCCCGGGCUGCAAAUCCGUGGGACUCAGGGAGCAUGGCCCCGGGGCUCACGGACUCCUUCUGCUGAUCACAUCAUUGUCCUUCCUCAGUCGUUUCUACCGGCUGGCGGAGCCCAGACAUGUGUGUUGGGAUGAAACUCACUUUGGAAAAAUGGGAAGUUACUAUAUCAACCAAACAUUUUUCUUUGAUGUUCAUCCUCCACUUGGUAAGAUGUUAAUUGGAUUAGCAGGAUACCUGACUGGAUAUGAUGGUACCUUCCCCUUUAAAAAACCUGGAGACAAGUAUGAACAGCACCACUACUAUGGCAUGAGAGCGCUCUGUGCAACCCUUGGGUCCUGCCUAGUUCCCUUUGCAUAUCUCAUCAUAUUGGAGCUGUCUGGUUCACUUACUGCUGCACUGCUUGCUGCUGUUCUUCUUAUCUUUGAUACUGGAUGUAUUACUAUUUCGCAGUAUAUCCUGUUGGAUCCCAUCCUGAUGUUCUUUAUUCUGGGAGCAGUGCUGAGCAUGCUCAAAUUUGAUGCUGUGAAGAACAGGCCUUUCUCUCUAACUUGGUGGAAGUGGCUAAUGCUGACUGGAGUUAAUCUUGCUGGAGCACUUGGGGUAAAAUUUGUUGGAAUCUUUGUGAUCCUUCUGGUUGGAAUUAAUACUGCCUGUGACCUCUGGCAGCUUCUGGGAGCACUCAGCAUUUCUCUGGUUGAAUUUGGGAAACACUUGUUAGCAAGAGUUUUGUGUCUCAUCGUCCUGCCUCUUGUGUUCUACACAGCAUUAUUUGGAAUUCAUUUUUUAGUUUUGAACAAAAGUGGUCCUGGCGAUGGAUUUUUCAGCUCUGCAUUUCAGUCUCGUCUGAUUGGUAACAAUUUACACAAUGCAUCGAUGCCAGAGUACAUUGCUUAUGGAUCAGUGAUUACAGUAAAGAAUGUGCGGACUGCAGGUGGGUACCUGCACUCCCACUGGCAUCUGUAUCCAGAAGGCAUUGGUGCGCGACAGCAGCAGGUGACUGCCUAUUUGCACAAGGAUAACAACAACCUUUGGAUUGUCAGGAAACCUGAACAGGCCUCUGACACGGGUGACACUAUCCAACAUAUUCGACAUGGUGAUGUCUUCAGACUUGAGCACAAAGAAACGUCUCGGAAUAUGCACAGUCACCAGCAUGAGGCACCACUAACAAAGAAGCACUUCCAGGUCACAGGAUAUGGAAUAAAUGGAACUGGGGAUUCAAAUGAUUUCUGGAGAAUUGAGGUGGUUGGGGGACAGAAUGGGGAUCUGAUUAAAGUUCUAAGAAGUAAAAUUCGGUUCAUCCAUGUGGCAACUGGAUGUGUCCUGUACUCCUCAGGGAAAUCCUUGCCCAAAUGGGGCUGGGAACAGGUCGAAGUCAGCUGUAGUCCAUACCUUAAAGAAACCCCUAACUCACUGUGGAACAUUGAGGACCAUGUCAAUGCCAAAUUGCCAAAUAUCAGCCUGGAAGUCCUGAAACCCUCAUUCCCGGAGAUCCUGCUCGAGUCUCACGUCGUUAUGAUCCGGGGUAACAGUGGGCUAAAACCAAAAGAUAAUGAACUCACUUCAAAACCUUGGCACUGGCCAAUCAAUUAUCAGGGCCUUCGUUUCUCCGGGACAAAUGAGACCGAAUAUCGAGUUUACUUAUUGGGAAACCCUGUAAUUUGGUGGCUGAAUCUGUCCAGCCUCAUUCUCUACAUUAUUGUCUUCAGCAUCACAGCCAUCUACUUGCAGCGAGGAUAUCGGCCAGCUCAACAUGUCAGAGAGCGUGCUUGUAUUAUUCUGAGAGGAGCCAGGCAGAUACUGCUGGGGUGGUUGCUCCAUUAUUUACCAUUCUACCUGAUGGGCCGAAUCCUCUAUUAUCAUCAUUACUUCCCCGCCAUGCUCUUCAGCUGCAUGUUGACAGCAAUCACUUGGCAUGUCCUGCUGCAAAGUUUUGACCUGCUCUUAAGCUCUGAAGCAGCCCGGAGAGUUUACACUGCUGGAAUAAUGUUUCUUAUCCUUGUCUGUGUACACAGUUUCUACUUGUUCCAUCCCCUUUCCUAUGGGAUGAUCGGUCCACUUGCUCAGGAUCCUCACAGUCCAAUGGCAGGAUUGAGGUGGCUCGAAUCCUGGGAAUUUUAAACCUCACCAGAAGUCAGAGAUGGGACACGGCAGCUGUUAAUUGUCACUGGCAUAAGGUUGGACUAAAGGUUUUGAAUAGAGGACAGGACCACUGCCUUCGCCUUAAGCUUUUGAUUCACUCUUUUGCCUUCAAAUUGAGUGAUGCACUUAUUGUUGUCCCCUUGGAACUAAUGUGUGUAAUAGUCAGUUAAUAAAGCACAUGCUUUAUUCUGAAGGUGUUUUCCUUUAACUUGCAGCUAGCCAGAAGCUGCUGUAGCUUUUGACAUAGAUGUUGAACUGCAACAAUGGAGCUAAAGACUGAAGCGAAUUUUUUUUGAAAUGUUCUGUAUAUGUUGUAUAAUAAAGCUAACUUGAAACAGUGAAA